UUUACUCCUUUGCGUUGCUUUUGUCUCACCUGCCCAAAUGGAAUAAUAAUCAUCUCCUCUUUCAUUCCAGCCCCCCUCUAUUGAAAUUUAGACACACAAUCAAAGUCUUCGCAAAUAUAUUAUAUUUUCACAACAAUCUUUUCAUCAUCAUCAACAUCGAUUUCAUAUCCUACUUCGAUCUUUAAUCGAUUCUCGCAUAAACCCCAUCUGGGUUCCUCAGAGAUUUCUGUUUUACACCUCACCCAUAACGCCAAUUACUUAAAUUUUUAUACAAAGUUAUCGGUUUGAUUGUAGACAUAACUGAUCAAUCAGCAAACAUCUGUUGAAAGUUCGCUGUUUUGUUACGUUUUCUUGAAAUCUAGAGGGGUUUUUGAUUGUGGGUGUGAUUGAUUUGUGUUAAAAAUCGGAUUUUGAUUACUGGGUAUUGGAUAAAUAUUGUAAAUUGAAUUGGGGUUUUGAUCUUUUUGGAUUUAGAUUUGAGUUUGGUGGGGGGUGGGUACAAUGGGGUCUAAAUCUGCUGCAAGAAUGGGGUAUUGGAGGGAGUAUUUUAAGACUUCUAAUGGGGAUAUAUUUGAAACUAUUGAGAAAGCUAUUAUGAUUGCUGCUUGUGAUUAUCCUAAGGAGUUUGGUGUCAGGAGAGAUGGGAUUGCUCAAACUUUGUUUAAUUGUAAGUUGAUUAAGUGUUAUGGAUGUGACAAGGUUGAGUUGGGUGUUCCUGAUGAGGAACAAGAUGAUCGGGAUGAUGGUGAUAAUCGUAAGGAGAUUCGUGCCGUUGAUCGUCAAGUUAGCAGUUAUAGUUAUGGAGUUGCAGAAGCUUUGACCGAUGAAAUCGAAGAGGAGUCUCAAGUGUUUGGUGAGGUUAUGAGGAUUAGGGAGAUUGUUGACAACCAUCAAGAUGAGUCUGAAUCGGUGUUGUACAACUCGUUGAGAAAGCUUCAGUUGAUGGAUUUAUCGGUGGAAACACUCAAGGCAACUGAGAUUGGAAAAUCUGUCAAUGUUCUUCGCAAGCAUGUGUCGAAGGACGUUAGCAGCAUCGCAAAGACACUCAUCGAAGCGUGGAAAAUUUUGGUAGACGAAUGGGUGAUGGCUACAGAGAAAACAGUGGUUUCUGAAGCUACACCCGACUCACUAAACCCGUCAGUACUUGAUGAAGAAGAAGGCCUUCCAUCUCCCCCUUUAGAUGAUUUGACGUUUUUAUACCCUCACGGGUCUUUGGAACUAUCCGAGUUCUUUGACGGAAUGGAUGAGUAUGGAAAUCCUGGAAACAGUGGGGGAUUCAACAAGAACCAUAACUCACCAAAACCAAAACAGCAAAAACCGUCAAAUGUCCCAAAUACGGUUCGUAAAAACGAGCCUGGUUUUGAUUCGAUGAAGAGGAAACAACCAACUGUUGUGAAACCAAUCAAGCCUGCGGUUCCUGAGUCUGAACCGCGACAACGUGUCAAGCCCAACGUAGAAAGAAAGUUGCAAAACGUUCUGAAGAGACCUCCCCAACAAAUUAAACAAAGGGCAUCGGGGGAAGCAACGGCUCAAGAGAAGUUUGAAGCAGCGAAGAGAAAGCUUCAGGAACGGUAUCAAGAAGCGAAAGACGCGAAGAAGCAACGAACAAUACAAGUGAUGGAGCUGCAUGACCUGCCAAAGCCCAAGGGAGUUCCUGUAAGAAAUCAACAGAAUGUUAGGCCCGGGAGCAACCACAACAGACAUCGCUGAUCGAAAUAAAGGGUGGUAGAUAAAUGAGGAUGAAUUUAUGUAUUAGAUGUUUCAAGUGCAAGCAAACCUAAUAAGAAGACAUUUUAUAAGUAAAAAAUUGAAGUUUCAAGUGCCAGCCAGAGUUUAGUUUGUAGAAUCUGGCCUAAUUAUUAGUCAACCAAAAUGCUUGGUUUUUGACACAUUUUCUCUUUUGGUAUAAUAUGGAAACAGCUUGCAAAUUGAGUGAA